UUAGGACAGCAUUGUGUUUCCAUGAAGUUGGUCAGUGGUCAAUGGUCAAGUAAUGGAAGACUUGGCCAAACCAAAGUUUUUCCUGACCCUUCCGUUAAGUUAUUGAGACGACUCCAAAGUCACUCCCUUGGAAUUUUCAAUACAUGACAAAUACAUUCAUAUCACAGUUGUAUAUGUUCCAUUACUUAUUUAUUCACUCUGCUUCAUGUAGCAGCACUCCAAUUCAACCCCCUGGUAUCCUCUGCUUCUUUUGCCAUGUCUACACCAGCGGAAUACUACCGAUCUCUACCUCCGGUGAGCAAGACUUUUGGAGUGGCCUGUUUGAUGACUACAACUGCCUUUACCCUGCAAUUUGUUAGUGCUCAGAGCAUUUAUCUGGAUUAUGGCCUUGUCUUUAAACAAUUCCAGGUUUGGAGGCUGUUUACCAAUUUCUUCUUCCUCGGACCGUUUUCACUCCCGUUUGCUAUGGAGAUUUACAUAAUAGCAAAAUAUGGUGUGUCACUGGAGAGAGGACCCUUUGACAAGAGAACUGCAGACUAUGUGUGGAUGCUCAUCUUUGGAGCAAUGUCGCUUUUGGUGAUGUCUGUUGUUCCAGUUUUGUGGUCUCCGUUUAUGGGGACUUCUGUGGUUUUCAUGAUCGUGUAUGUUUGGUCUCGUGAGUUCCCAAAUGCACGUAUUAGCGUAUAUGGGCUUGUUUCCUUGAAGGGGUUCUAUCUUCCGUACGUAAUGUUGGCUUUUGAUGUGUUGGUGGGAAACCCUUUGAAGCCAGACAUGUUAGGGAUAGUUGCAGGACAUCUCUACUACUUUCUAACAGUGCUUCAUCCUCUUGCUGGUGGAAAAUUCACGCUCAAGACUCCUCUAUGGGUGCACAGAGUAGUAGCCUACUGGGGUGAGGGAACCCAAGUGAAUGCUCCAGUGCAGAGCAGUCCAUACGCCGGAGUUGCAUUCCAAGGUAGAAGCUUCCGUCUCAACGGAAAUACUCGAAGAACACCCACUCCGGAGCAGCCACAAACAAACACCGGCCAGCAGCCUAAUCAGGGUGAUGGAGUUGCUUUUCGGGGAAGAAGCCACCGACUCGAUCGUAGUUAGUUAGCCUUGUAGCUAGCUUAUGUACGAUUCCUAAUCACUACGUAUCAGGUCUAUUGAAUGAUGGCCUUCAUACUAACAGACAUGCGUUAGUGGAAUUACCAUCCGUGGUUAAAGGCAUGUUAUAUAACCACAUGCAUUAGUUAAAAUUACCAAAAAAAAUGUGGGCAAUUUCGCACAAAGCCAUAUCAUAUUCCGACCCCUAGCAAAAUUCUAAUUUUAUUGAAAGGUGAGCUCAUAGGGUUUAUUUUGGGAUUGCUGUGACUUUUAAAUAAAAAUGAUGCUGCUGUGUCGUGAGAAUAAUCAGCUGUGAAUUAAAACAGUUUUGUGUUUGGUAAAUAAUAUUUUUUAAAAGUGUUGUCAGUACAAAAAACAACUACUAAGCGUGUUUUUAUCCACAGUAGCUUCUAAAAGCAACCUCUGGUCUGCUUCUAAAAUCUACUGCCAAUGACCUGCAACUUUAAAUUAAAGCUGCUUUUUAUUUAUUUACCAAACACAUUAAAAUCUAAACUUUUGAACAAAAGCUGAUUUUUUUUUAAAAGCGAAGCAAUCCCAAUCGGGUAUGACUCGUCAAAAAGCAUUUGAAAUACUCAUGGGUUCUUCUAUCUUUAUAUACAUUUGUCGAGUUUGGGAGCUGUAAGGCUUCAUAGAACCAAUUCAAGCAGUUAAGGUCCAUGGAGGCAUGGACUAUUGGAGAAGACUAACUAGAGAGGAAGGAAGGUCGUCGUUUAGUUAAUGCCUUUCCCAUGUGGCAAGAUGCAAGAUGUCAAGAUCAAGAACUAAGAGCAGUAGAAACAACAAGCAAAAGCACAGAAUCAAAAUUAUAUGCGAAUGAGAGAAAGGGUUGAAUUGAAAGUUGGUGCGUGGAAACUUCAAAGAAAGUGUCUGAGUUGGUAUAUGAGACCAGGUCACCCUACUGUUUAGACCAUGAAGUCACCAUUCUUCCAUUCACUAACUUGAGCAGUCCAACAAACUUAAAGACUGCUUAAUGCUCUGCUCUUAAGCUGAAAGUGGGGGGAUUAAUUUAUUAUGUGUGAUACACUAUAAAUAGUACUGCAGAAUCUAACGGUUCACAGUUUUGAAAUUUUAAUAUUGUAAAAUAUUAUAAAAAUUUCACAAUAACAGUGUAUAUUAAUCAAA